AUGGCCAAAGAGUAUGAUAUCAAAGAGGAAGAAUCGGAUGGGAUUCAUGAACCUCGUCUGGGUACGUGUGGCGAGGAGCAAGAACAAGCAGCCCUCUCACACUCUCCACUUCGUUUUGCAGACCACAACAGCUGCUACACUCCAGCAGAAGAACGAGACACGACGCAGAACCAAUCCAGGCCCUUCCAGUGCCCGGACUGCGACAAACGUUUCAAGUUCCCCGCAUCGCUCCAGAGGCACCUGAGAAUUCACACGGGGGUAGAUCUCCACAACUGCUCCCAGUGUGGCAAGACCUUCACCCUGCCGACCUACCUGGAGAUCCACCUGAGGACGCAUGCAGGCACACGCCUGUCGCCCUAUGAGUGCUCGCAGUGUGAAAAGCCAUUCGCUCGCCUGCGUGACCUGCGGAUGCACCAGAACAAGCUGAACGAUGUGAAGCCCAUUCACUGCCCCUUACUGCGCGAAGGUGUUCAGUCGCACCACGUGCAUCAAGUACCACCGAGGGAAACAUCCGGAAGGGACGCAGCAUGUGUGCUCCCACUGCGGGAAGUUGUUCAACAGCGCGACGCACCUUCGGGACCACCAGAGGAUUCACACUGGGGAGAAGCCGUAUCGGUGCUCGACGUGUGGCGCAGCUUUUACCCGUCCGUCGCAGCUCACCAUCCACGAGAGGACGCACACGGGCGAGAAGCCCUUCAGGUGCUGCCAGUGCGGCCGGACGUUCCGACGCAAGUCGGAGCUGAAGACUCACAAGAACACGCACGUGGGCCCGCUGGCCCCACAGCCCUGCCGCUGUGCGGAGUGCGAUAAGAUUUUCACGCCGGCCACGCGGCUGAACUCUAUGGAGAGGAGGCCUCACAAGUGCCAGCAGUGCGAGAAGACGUUUGUGCGCCUGGCACACCAGAAGCCUCGCAGCUGCAGUCUCACCACCAGAGGGCGCACCAGAAGGCGAGCAGCGCCUACGCGUGCUGCCAAUGCCAAAGAACCUUAUGGGGCGGAAAUCGCACCUCAGGGCGCACAGGACGGACGCGCACGCCGACGCGAAGCACUGCAGCUGCCCUCAGUGUGAGACGAUAUUCACACGCAUCGCUUCCUGUGACACCCACCUGCGAAUGCCUCAAGGGUGUCAGGAGUGCGGUAAGACCUUUAGUCUGCCGUCCCAGCUCAGGAAGCACCUGCGGUCACACAGCGGCGAGAGGCCGUUUCAGUGUUCCGCCUGCGGCAAGGCGUUCUCCUCAUCAAGCACAGGCGCGUGCACACGGGGGGGGGGGGGCGGCCGUACCUGUGCUCGCUGUGCGGACGGGCGCUCGCGUGCCUGUCCAGUUUUGCCAAACACCCGGUGAUCCACACGGGUGCGAAGCAUGCGCCCGGUGCGGAGAGGCUUUCAAAGACGCACGAGCGGGUUCACACACACACACACACACACACACACACACACACACACACUCUCUCUCCCACUCGCACACGCUGAAGACGCACGAGCGGGUUCACACACACACACACACACACACACACACUCUCUCUCCCACUCGCACACGCUGAAGACGCACGAGCGGGUUCACACACACACACACACACACACACAAUCUCUCUCACACGAUGAAGACGUACGAGCGGGUUCACACACACACACACACACACACACACACACUCUCUCUCUCACCCGCUCGCACACGCUGAAGACGGCCAAGCGGGUUCACACCGGGGAGAAGCCGCACGAGUGUCGACUGUGCGGAGAAACGUUUGGCCGGCUGUACCAGCUCAAACACCAUCACAAAAGCCACACUGCUGAGACAUACAAAGUGAAGGAAGGUGUGUGUGUGUGUGAGUGUA